AGUUUUAAAAUGGAAGAACAAUAUGAGAGAUGUUCAGACGAUCGCCUUCAAAUCACUGGCUUCAGUGAUGUUUUGGACAUCAUUAAUGAUCUUAUAGUGGAGAAUGGGGUUUCUCCUUUAGAGCUGGGCCUUUCAGAAAUCCAAGCUAAAAAAAUAGCCAGUCUUUCAAAUAAACCACAUAAACAGACUUAUAAAGCUGAGAAGGAUAAAAAAGAGUUACAUGCUUGGAUGAAAAGAAAACGAAAAGAGAGGCUUGCUGAAUAUAUGCAAACUCUGUCUGAAAAACGGGCAAAAGAGCACAAUCCAUUCCAUUUGAGAAAGAUGCCCCUUGGACUGUCAACACGAGAGAUUAAAUUACAACAGAAAAAGAAAAAGGAGAAAGAUAAGUAUGUUAUUUUUCGGGAACUUUCUAGACUUUUAAUCCACUGUAUGUGGCAAUUGAGCUAUUAAGUGUAAAUUGUCUACAUCUCACCCUAUAUCUUUCACUGGUCUAUCAAAUUUUAUGAAUGAAAUAAUUCUAGGAUAAGGCAUUUGAAUUAUGUGCCCCAGGGAUAAGAUGAAAGAAAAUUUUGGGAACAUUUUGAGUAGAACUAUUAAAACCCAGUUGAAAGAGAAACUUUGUGUUGGGAACACUAUAAAACAAUUAUGUUGUAUUCAUUCUGUGGGUAAAUUUACUCUUCUAUAGACUUGAAUCUUUUGGGAAUUCCAAAUUCCAUAUUGUUUGGCAUGUUUCUACAUUUUAAGAGAAUGUACAUCACUGAUGCAAACCUGAUGAAGAUGGACCCAAACUUUUCUACAGAUUUUCCCCAGCAACUUUCGUUGUUACUAAAGUAUUUGACAUUUUUGGUCCUCUUGUCUCUGAACUUCUUCAUUAUAUGAAAGUAGAACAGACAAAAUCAAAAGAAUGUCUCUUUCCUACAGAUUACAGGUAGUCCUUGACUUAUGACCAUUGU